AGCUGUACUUUCAACAAGAAGUACGACAACACUUCACUCCGUGCGUUUUACGAAGGAAACCUACGUUCUUAUGGCAUUAGUGUUUGCAAUCGAUGGUAUUUCACAUUUGAUGGCGCAGAAUGUGCAAAACCAGCAACUAUUGAAGGCAUUAUUUACGUUCCUUCGAAAACAGUCAACCCCCAUCGUCCCCGCCAUAUUGAAGGCUACUGUAACCAGGUUCCUAAAGGUCAUGUACGUGUGGGAUUCUGGAUUGGCAAGUGUGAGAGUUAUGGUCUCGGAGAUGGUCACACUGGUUGGAAUUCCGUGUCUCGUAUUGUGAUUGAAGAAGUACCGGCACCUCAAGAGUAA